AUGGUUUACGCUGAUAAAGGAAAGGGAGCAAAACGGAGUUUCUCCACGCUCGAGCCCUGGAUGCUGGCAACUAUAACAGUCGAACCAUGGGUUGAGAAUUUACACCUCACCACUGACCCCCUCAUCAUAUCCGCCGUUGUGGGCGAUUACAACAUGAGAAGAAUCCUAGUAGACACCGAGAGCUCUGAAGACAUAAUCUAUGAGCACUAUUUUAACAGAAUGCAACCAGAGGAUAAAAAGUUGCUUGAGUCGGUACACGCCCCCAUAAAGGGGUUCACUAUAGAAAAGGUUGAUCCAAUCGGCCAAAUCACAUUCCCGGUUACAUUUGGACUUGCCCCUCGCGAAAGGACCAUACUCCUUACAUUUCUUGUGGUACGGGCUGAAUCCUACCAGAAUAUAAUAAUUGGAAGGUUUACUUUGGGGAAACUAGUCGUUGUUGUCUCCACGGCACGCGGGUUCAUGAAGUUACCCACGCCUCGGGGGAUUGCGACAGUUUUCCGGGACAAGAUAGGUGAAGUUUUGUACAACAAAAGUUGCCAUCAGGGACCUACCGGUGCAAUCGGCCCAGAAAGAUAG